CAUUUUCCUCCCUCUUCAAAGAUGGUCUUGCGACACCAAGAUUCAUACUCGACAUGGCACAGCAUCGACGAAUGUUAUGAUAGCGACCUUAUCUAAAAACUAAAAAUGUGACCAUCUUAUAAAUCUAGCCAUCACCCUCGAAAUGCCACCCCCAGCUCAAUUAAAAAGAUCUAUCCCAAAGUGGCCCACACGCGAUGCUCUUCUUAAAAGACAAAAAAACCAUAAAUUUCAGCCAUUCGAGGCAACUAAAUUGAUCCUCGAUCUCGAUGCUGAGAAUAGCCCUUACGCCCGCCCCUUCAGCAAGAAGAAAGAUGGUGAACCGUUGGUCCCCGGGCGUCAUAUGGAGCGAUCGAUCGGACCCCUCCACAAGUUCGUCGCCAGGCUAAAGAGGCUCUCCAAGAAUUAUCAGUUACAAUUCGCGGAUACGGCGUCGAAUAAGUUCGAUACUUUGCGAAUAACCAAUUACGAUAUACUUUCUGUCGCACUCCGCAACCCGCCUGUGACAAGAUCAAGUUACAUUGAUUAUUAUGUGAUCGAUGAGAAUAGUAUAUUCGAUCAAAAUGGGAUACCACACUACGUACUCAAUAGCCCGUCCAAGACCAUCGCGCACAUGCUUCACCGGCAAAAAAUAUCCCACCGUCUAGAACCAACCCAGGACGAUGUAAUAGAGUUCCGAAAGGCAGUGAAGAGAUGCUGUGACCUUGAUCAAAUCGAGAGGGUUAUCAUGGGUGCUAUUCGAACCCCCAUAGGUCGUUGGCUCAUUGCAAAUAGCACCAAUGCUAUCGGAAGAGCGUGCGUAGACAUGGCUGGGGAAACACCACCGAAACAGAUGCUCACGUUUCUCAACAACUUAAUAAUCCUCCUGGAACCAGAGAAGCCCGAGAUUCCCCCCCUAUUCUUGUGUGGAGCUAUCCUAGCCUCGGUACAAUGUGGUGUCUUCGAUGCGGCUCAGAGAUAUAUAAGAAUGGCUAAAGACAGUGGUGUUGACUUCAACGUUUGGCUAGUGGCUGGUAUUCUCAACGCUCUGAAAACAAGGAGUUUAGAGAAGUUAACAUCUCCAUCUGAUAUCCAGAAAUAUCCUACGUAUCCUCUAUUAGCAAUAUACAGUCUUUUAACAGGCCAGGUACAGGGACAAGAAACACCACAGCCGUCAUUGCUAGGCUUUAUAUCUAGCAGCACUGCACAGGGUGUCUAUCAAGGACCGUACGCUGCUUGUCUUGCCCGUCUAGGAGCGUUCCGAACAAUGUGGCAUUUCUGGCACAUGCAUCCUGUACCUCCCGAAGACAAAGAUACCUCCAAUGCCGACAUCUUCGCCUUGGCCAUUCACGAAGCCAUGUUGGCCAACCACCACUUGACAAAAUUAGCACAGGCUCCUAGCUUUACGCGCGUGGUCGGAUCGUACCCCGACGAUUGCCAGCUCGACAUAGAAACCAUUAUAGAAUCAAUAGAAAUACUUUCUUCUCCCAAACCCACAAGCGAAGUUCAAUUCUCUCCACCCAGCAGGGAGGCAAUCGAGGAGAUUUUUGGAGAGACAUCAAUUGAGAAAUCAAUGUUGGCAUUGCAACGGUACCUAUCUGAGCUAAACUCCGCCAUAUCCCUUGGUGAAGAUAUAGAUUAGAGUCUAUGAUGCAGACUCUAGAGUCAGACAGACAGAUGAUGAGGAUACCGAUAGAGCUUAGCUCUAAGGCUGGCAGAACUUAGCACAAGGGCCCAUAGAUCGUCGUGGCACUGCUGGCAUAUCGAUUGAAAAUGCCAUGUUCAGUAUAUAAGGCACUCCUUGCAGGGUUCGGCAAAGCUUGUCGUCUUCGGGCUUAUUACUAGUGAUCAGUUUAAACACAUUUUAAGGCCGACGUGCUAAUCCUUAUUAACGCACCUUGCAACUUAAAUAGAAGCUUUAGGGUUGAUGCUGGUAAAAAUUACUCUCCUGUGCCAGCACACAAGUACGGCAGAGUAGGUAGAUAUCGAAUUCAAAAGAGCAUCUGAACUCUAAUAGCUACAAGAUCACGAGUAGAUAUAGUCGCUCCGCGAAGAUAUAAAGCAACACACCAAAAUAAUAAGUUUGCUAGAUAAAGAGAGACACAUACUAAUCCAGCCCCUUUCCCCUAACAACACUAACAUAGCGUCGCUAUUUGAGUAGCCAACCCUGAUGAACACUGGCUUAUUCCAAAGCCCAAGCUUUCGAAUACAACUUAAUAACUAAGAGAUAAAGACUGCUUGUUACGAGGUAUGGGUAAGUGAGCCAGGUGUGUCACGAC